AUGGCGAAUCUUCCGACGGAUAUCAUCAACGAUCUAUUCCUCCGUCUCCCGGCAACUACGUUGGUCCGAUGUCGAUUCCUCUCGAAGCCUUGCUUCUCACUGAUCGACAGUCCCGAUUUCGUCGCGUCGCAUCUCAAACGCAACAUCGAAACCGGAGACCACCUCAUGAUCCUGCUUCGAGCCCCGCGCGUUCUUUGUACGGUGUACCUCGACUUUCCGGAGGGUAAAGUCUCCGACGUCGAUCACCCUCUGCAAUCCGGUGGUUUCACGGAGGUAUUCGGUUCGGUUAACGGUUUAGUCGGUUUAACCAACUCUCCAGUUGAUAUGGCGCUUUUCAAUCCAUCGACCCGGAAAAUCCACCGGUUACCGAUUGAGCCUCUUGAGUUCCCGGAUCGUUUGAUCACCCAGAAAUAUGUGUUAUACGGAUUGGGUUACGAUUCGGUGAACGACGAUUACAAGGUCGUGAGGAUGGUUCAGCGUAAAAAAAUCCAAGGUGAUAAGCUGGUUGAUUAUGAAAUCAAAGUUUUCAGCUUAAAGAGGAACUCAUGGAGGAGCGUCGAUUUGGAAUUUCAGAUUCAAACGCUCUUCUUCUACUUCUACUACCAUGUGUUGUAUCGCCGUCAAAAUGGUGUUCAAGUAGGGAAAUACCUUCACUGGAUUCUGCCUCGAAGGCAAGGACUUAUCGCCAUGAACUCGAUCGUAAGAUUUGAUCUUACCUCCGAGGAGUUUAGAACGCAGGAUUACCCAAGGGAUCUUUGGUAUGAAGAGAGGAUGGAUUUGUGUGUUUUAGAUGGUUACCUUUGUUCGAUUGGUUACCACGAGUUCACACAUGUGGAUGUUUGGAUUAAGCGGGAUUACGAGGUUGAGCAUGGAUCUUGGAGUAAGCUGUUUAGGGUGACGAAACCGGAUGGUGUAGAGUCGUUGAAGUUUGUGAGACCUCUGAUUUACUCCAAGGACAAGAGCAAGGUUUUGCUGGAGAUUAACGUUGGGAAGCUAGUGUGGUUUGAUUUGGGGACUAGGAGUUUUCAGGAGAUUGGGAUUAAGGACUGUGAGGGUGCAUGUAGCGCAGAGAUUCUGGUGAGUAGCCUUGUUAUGGGAUGUAAAGGAGAUCCUCGCAGAGCUCGAGAGAAGAAAAUGAUGCAGAAGAGUAGCAAAAGGGGUGGUUUUCUGUCCAAGGGAUUCAAGCUGAAGCUCUGA